AUGAUAUCUCCCGGAUCUGACUCACCACCAGUAGAAUAUUCUGUGACGUACUGCUACACAUUCAGACAGUCGCUGUUAGAUAAGUCCGAGGAGAUGUUGGAUAUAAUCUCCGUCCCACCAAAAAAGCAACAGCGAAUUUGUGGGCAGUCACUGAUGACGGGCGUUGUCUUAUUGUUGCAGGCGGUGUCCGAUUUGUUGCUGGGAGUGUUCUGCAUGCCUUUCACGCUGGUGGGUCAAUUACUGAGGAACUUUAUCUUCGGCAGUGCCAUGUGCCGCCUCAUAUCCUACUUUCAGGCGGUGUCCGUGUCGGUUGGCGUGUGGACGCUGGUGGCCAUAUCGCUGGAGCGCUACUUCGCCAUCUGCCGGCCGCUCAAGUCGCGGCGCUGGCAGACUCAGUUCCACGCCUACAAGAUGAUCGCCGUCGUAUGGGUGGCCUCGCUCGGCUGGAGUUCCCCCGUGCUGCUCGCCUCGCGCCUCCAGCCAAUGCGCGACAAGGGCAAACACAAGUGCCGCGAAGAGUGGCCCACGGAGGCGCUGGAGCACGCCUACAACCUGUUCCUGGACGCGAUGCUGCUGCUGGUGCCGCUGCUGAUCAUGAGUCUCGCCUACUCGCUCAUCGUCUCCAAGCUGUGGAAGGGCCUGCGCCGCGAGAUCCAGCACAACAGCAGCUGUCGCCGCCAGCAGUCUGCAGACCGGUGCAUGGGCCGCAGUAUGUCGACGGCGACCGACGGGGGCCUACCGACGCCGCAGCUGGUGGCGCCACCACGGGCUGCGGCGAGAGCUGCCGGCCUCUGCGAAAAGCAGCCCGGGCCGCGGCUCUGGUGCAUGGUGAGACGUACCUGA